AUAAUAAUACCUAUAUAUACACUCUUGUGUUUUGAUUUAUCAAAUUAAUGAAGGCUGUGUCAUUUAUGAAAACAGAACUUCAGUACUCUUUGUUAUGUUGUGCACAAUGCCUUUGAAUUGUGAUUCUGAAUUUUAUUCUGCAUUUACAUGAAUACAUGGUACAACUGUCAUGCAAUCAGAAUUGAGCAUUAAUUCACAAUAUAUGCGAGUAUUUAAGCUUAGAGUUUCUAUAUUCUGGAUGCUGUGUUGUCUUGCCAAAAUGCCAGAUUACAAUGUGUAACGUGGGAUUGUAACCUUUCUUACAGUUGGUUGUCUGUAACAUUACUUAGUUGUUUUAUUGGCAGGUGAAUGUGUGCAGCCUUGCUGUAAGGUGAGUGCAGUGGGAAGCCAGGGACUGCGAGCUGGAGCCAGUGUGUGCCAGGGAUGUGGGAGGAUUCCCCGUUUAGAGCCUCAGCUGAUCAGGCCCGAGCCUGCGCAUCUUAUUGGCUGUGUCCAGGGGCUAGACCUCCGCACGUACUAAAACCUGAAAAUUACCCAACCCUAUGCCACAGCCUGUAAACUUCUGAAGCCUGCUUAUUUGACAUAUACUCAGCUUCUGGCAUUUCUCUUGUAUUUAUUUGCUUACUUCCUUGCCUUUUUUUCCAGAGUAAUUAUGCCAUGCAUAUUUAACACAUCUCACAGUAUUUUAAGGAUGCUAAAAGAAUUUAAAUACUGUAUGUUGAAGCAAUCCAGUUUAUGUCUUUUGCUCAAGGACACUGCUGUGUCUCCCUUUAAUAACUAGGCUGCUUCCAUAUCCGAAACUGUACACCACUAGCCGCCCAUGGUUUUUAUUCUCAGUGGUCAAUGAUUUUCCAUGCUUCUCUGGAAGUUAUUUCUAAACUGGCUGGCUCAUGCAGCUUCUGCUGUCAAGUCCAUGUACAGAGUCAAGUCUGCAAAUCCGACAUCUCUCCACUUACAUUCAGAUUCCCCAGUCAACUUCGAUGGGACGAUCUCAGAACGUUGCUGCAAUGUUUCCCCUGCGCUGUCACACCGAUGCCACAGUGACACGCCGACUUGGCAUGAGUGUCAUGUGCUGGGCGGUUUCUGGCUGGUAAAACAUGAGGGGGAAGGAAUCUGAGACAAACAGAAGCCUGUGUGACAGAGAAAAGCACCAUAACAUUGCAGUCAGUUUUCUAAAUGAAUAACAAGGCGGAGAAGCUGCAGUGAGAAGAGUGGUGGGUGUAAAGGUGGUGAAAAGGCUAGCAGCUGAUCUCUUUCAUCAUCGCUCUUUCGUGCCUGGUCCGCGUGCUUGAUCCGCCUCUGCCCUGGAUCCUCCUCUGCCUGUCUUCCCUCUGCUCCCACAAUGCAGCGGGGCCCCUCCCAGCGUAACAGCACUCCCCAUCCAUCCCACCCCCACUCUCACCACACCCCGGCGCACAGACCCUGCCGUGCCGUGGCCACGGAGAGGAGCCGUGUGCUAGGUGUGUAGCCAGACAGGGUGCGUGCGUGCUGCGUGGUGCAGUUUGUGUUUGAGUCAGCAGCAGCCUGGGGCCUGAGACAGUGUGGGCUGAGCUCCUCCUCUCUUCCUGUCCUUCACAGCCUCCUCAGCUCUAUUCACAUGCAGAUGCUUGCCGCCUGGCGGAAAAAAAAAAAAAAAAAACCUGUGAACAGUCUCAUUUAAUAUGUAUGUGUGCGUUUGUACGAGUAUAUUCGUGUGUGUGUGGCAUGUGUGCAUGCGUGUGCAUGCAUGUGCAUAUGGGCGUGUACGUCAGUGGAUAUCUGUGUGUGUGUGUGUGUGUGUGUGCAACCAUGCGUUUAUCAGUGAUUAAUGGCGAGUGGGUGGCGGUUAUAUGGCACUGCAGAGCUGACGUUCCUCACUGCUACUUAUUACUCAUUUCCUCAGACCCAUGUGCAGCAGUCUCAGACAAGCACCAACACAUGCAACACACACACACACAAAUGCAAACUCUGGCUUUUGCAGGUUCAUGCCUCUGACUUGUCAGCUACUCUUGAACAGCACUAGAAGCCAAUGGCAUUUUCUGCUCUGAAAAGUGUACUGUUUGGCAGCGUUCUGCUAAUGGUCUCAUUCUGUGGGUAGUGCUGUCAGCUUUCGGGAUUCUAGCAUGGAUAGCAGUCUUCACUUGAAUAUUUGGAGAGCCUGCACCAAGGUAAGUGGUUGCUUAGAGGGAGACGCCCACUGAUGCGCCAGUGAUGCUGUGCCAAAGAACGAGCCCUUCUCCAGACCCUUCUUUCACCCAAGAGGCCCAUGUGACCUAGUGAGUCCACACCCGGGGGAACGCAGGCGUCUGCCGGGACACGCAGAUGAGUUCCGCUCCGGACCGCACCAAAGAAUGCCUCCCUCCCAAGAAGAGGGAGUCCAGGCAGGGCUCGUCCGAGCUCGCCCCCGCCGAUGACUUCAAGCCGCCCGCGCCCCUCAGGACCCGGCCAGGGGGGAGGCAGCCUGAGAGCAAGGAGCCGGGUGAUGGGCCGCCCCCCAUUCCGCGCUACGGCAGGGACCUACUCCCGCCGCCGCCCCCGCCCCCGCCCCCACCCCUCCCGGCCCACAAGUUCGCCCUGCCGUGGCCCCUGUCUUACCCGACGGCGACACCAGGCCCCUUCUCCACCCAGAUGGGGGAAAGAUGCGGCUCAAACUCACCUGCCUGGAGAGACCAGUGUGCCCGGGGUGUGGACCCCACUGACCAGGCCACGCCCCACCACUCCCGGUGGCAGCGUGGAGAGGCAUCUCACAGCGCCUACAAGAGCCACUUCCCCACCGACUCCCGCGAAAUAUGGAGCUACUACAACGCGGGGAAGCACAGCUUCAGCCCCUCCCUCUUCUCCCACACGCACCUCUUCCCCCAGCCGCCGCUGUACCCAAAGGACCCCCCGGACCCCAGGAGGAGCUACCCAACCAAGAGGCCCAAUGGUUUCGACAGGAUGGACGGCCGGCACCUGCCCGCUGGGCGGCUGGUAUCGGCUCCGGAGGACUACCUGUAUGACACCAAGGUGAAGCAGACCACUUCCUCUCACACCAACGGAAAGAGGAGAUACCAGGACGAGCAGAGGUCAAUGAGCGGAGCUGCAUUAAAAGACAGCCAUGCACUUGAGGGCCCCAGCACGCAUUCCUCCCUGCAGGAUAAGGGCCCCCGAGCCACACUCAAAGCUCCGCCCCCUAACGCCUCUGAUGCGCGGACCUUCAAAGUUCCCCUGGACGCCCUGAGCAUGGCGGGCUCUCCCGGGGAGGCACAUAUCUAUUAUGCACUGGGACCGAUGUACUCGGGCCUGCAGCAGCCACCGCUAGCAUAUCCACUGUACAGUACCCACAACCAGGCCCCUGUACUCCCUCUCUACGGGCUGCAGACAGACACAUCCCACCCCCUGAGAAACUCACAGCUGUCGCCAUUGGUGGAGGCAAUCAGCCGCCACAACAGUCACAGCCCAGAUCAAAGCCCCGUCCCCAAACCCCCGAGUCACUCCAGCACCUCCCCAGGAGGCUACCGCUCGCACAGCACGGCGACGGCAGCCGCCCACCACAGCGGGGCCUCCACCAGCUCCCCUCCGGCUCCCCAGCCCUCCAUCCUCCUACCUCACUUUGCCAGGGGCUCCCUAAUCGAGCUGAGUGGCGGGCGACUGAAGCGGGUGGAGGAUCUACAGACAGAGGACUUCCUACUCUGUGCUGACACCAGCCCAGAGUUCCACCUGAGCUCCUGCACCAUCCUGCUCAUCUCUCCGUCCCCCGCCUCCGGCUUCUCACACCUGCAGGUCCUGCUCACCGACUGCAACACUCAGGAGUUACUGAAAGUCUUAGUGGAAUACCCGUUCUUUGUUCGCGACCGAGGCUGGUCUUCGUGCUGCCCACAGAGAACUGCCCAGCUGUAUGGGCUCCGGUGCCGCCAGCUCAGUGUGGGCGACGUGUGCCUGGCACUCACGCCUGCACCACCCGCCCUGCCCUCGACCGCCCUGCCCCGCAACCACGCCCGAGAAGGGGAGCCAGGCCGCGCGGCGCAAGGCGUGCACAAUCGAGCGGGGUAUGAGAGCAGCGCGCAGAGGCCAGAGAAGAUGGCGCCCCCCGCUCCCGCCCCACCUCCGCCUCUGGCACACGCACCACCCUCCGGGGAGCUGACACAGGGGCGCAAGAGACGAUGGUCUGCACCCGAGCUCCUAGGGACUGACAGGACCCCCCCAGAUUUACCUCACAGCUCCAAGCACAGGAAGCAACAGUAGCCCCCCCCCCCCCCCCAAACCCCCUCCCUACAACAGUUCCUCAUGGGUAGCCUGCACAGCCUAGAGGUUAAGGCAAUGCACUCACUCCUUCACACACACACAGCGCAGGGGGGAGAGGAGGAAUGAGCUCAGGGUCAGCAGUACCUCGGCCUGUCAGGUUCAAUGCGGAAGACUAUCAGAGAAACGCUCAGCGUCAUCUACGCUGUUCGGAAAUGCCAGGGAAAAAAAUGGAUGCUUUCUCUCUCUGUGCACGCAUGUGUCUGGUUGUGUUAGUGUUAAGAGAGGAUGAUGUUUUAAAAAAAAAUAAUACAAUGUCUAAUGCACAAAGACAAUAUGACUUUAAUGGAGACAAUCAAAAGCGCAUUCUCAAUGUGUUUACGUUCUGUUUUUGUAAUCGUUGUCCCACGCCUAUUGAAAGUGUUUACUGCAGGAUUUAAAUUUUUUAUCUGUAUCAUGAAAGUAAAUUCUGUGGAAAAGAAAAUACAUAUAUAUAUAUAUAUAUAUAAAUAUAUAUUACAGAUGUUACAUAAAUAUGCUAAAGCGAUAUGUCAGUUUAAUGCAACUUCUUCGUCACUUUUGUAAUUCGUUUUUUCGCUUCUGAGCCGAAGUCACAGGUUGAUGGUCUGAGGCGGGCAGAGUGAAUGAAUGCAUUCCUUUUGCCUUCUUCGAGAGAGGGGGGAGUCACGUCACACGCUCACUGACUAAGCGUUAUACUCCAAUUUGUUUUUACUUUCUUUUUCUUGGAAAGGAAAAAAAAACACUAAUGAAGGGUGAUCCGAACCCACACGUAAGUCUUAGUGGCACAUGGUAGAUGGUCAUUCCUGACCCGGCCUCUGGCGUACAUUGGUGUUUAAAACAGCAUGUGCAAAGUGAGAGUCAUGGUGCUAAUAACAUGUUGGAACACAUUGCUUUGUGAUUGCUGACCCCUCUAUGCUUUAUUUGUAUUCUGUUCAUCGUAUGUUUGAGUGCAGGGAAAAACAAAGAAGAGUAUUUUGAAUUCAGAUACGGGUAUCUCUUAUGAUCACUUUCUCCACUUUAGCUCUUUUUCAUUUUGACUGAGAACAUAAUUUUGUUGUCAUUUCUCCUUUGUAAAUGUUAUAGCUAUAAAACUGUAUAUUUUUAAAAUUGUGAAUCUGUAUUAUGAUGUUCGCUAGAAAUAAAAAAAGAGCUUUAUAGAUUUAUAA